AUGCAGUCGUGGAGAAGAAAAUCCCUUUGGCUGGCACUGUCAGUCUCCUGCCUCCUCCUCAUCCUCCUGGGGAUCCCCCUACUUCUCCGCCUGGCAGUGCCCCUCAGACCUCUACCAGGGCCCCCUCAAGUCUGGCCCCGCUGGCUGGAUGCAGAACUCCUGCAGAGUUUCUCCCAGCCCAGGGAGCUCCCCGAAGAUGCCCUCCCACCUUUUCCAGCCCCCUACAGCAGCAGCUGCAACUGGGGAGCCUGCUUUGACACUUCCCAGUGCAGGAGUGGUGGUCUCAAGGUAUUCGUGUACCCAGCAGCUGGACCAAUCUCUGAGACUCAUCGCCAGAUCCUGGCUUCCAUCGAGGGCUCCCGCUACCACACACUCAGCCCUGGUGAAGCCUGCCUCCUCCUCUUCCUCAGCCUGGACAGCCCAGCUGGGAAGCCCAGCCUGGUGCCUCCACAAUGGAAUGGGGGCAAGAACCAUCUGGUCCUCAGUCUCCACCCAGCCCCUUGCCCCAAGACCUUUCAGCUGGGACAGGCCAUGGUGGCUGAGGCCAGCCCCAUGGUGGACACCUUCCGGCCCGGCUUCGACGUAGCCCUCCCACCUCUCCCUGAAGCCCACCCAUCUCGAGGUGGGGCUCUUGGCCAGCUGCAGCAGCACAGUCCCCACCCUGGGGAGAGCCUGCUAGCCCUGGCAGAGGAGAGAGGUGGGUGGCGCGUGGCAGGCACUAACUCUCCUGCCUGCCCUUGGGAUGGGCGCUGUGAGCAGGACCUUGGAUCUGAGCAGACUCACCCCAGGGCAACGCUGCCCAACGCCACCUUCUGCCUCAUCCCAGGCCGCCGCUCUGAUGCCUUACGUUUCCUCCAAGCCUUGCAGGCUGGCUGCAUCCCUGUACUUCUCAGCCCCCACUGGGAGCUGCCAUUCUCCGAGGUCAUCGAUUGGACCAAGGCAGCCAUUAUAGCUGACGAGAGGCUCCCACUACAGGUCCUGGCUGCCCUCCAGGAGAUGCCCCCGGCACGGGUCCUUGCCCUGCGUCAGCAGACCCAGUUUCUAUGGGAUGCCUACUUCUCCUCAGUGGAGAAGAUGGUCCAUACCACUCUGGAGAUUAUUCAGGACCGGAUCUUUGGAGCCUCUGCCCACUCCUCAGUGAUGUGGAACAGCCCCCCAGGAGCACUCCUGGCCCUGCCUACUUUUUCCACACGCCCCCAGGACUUCCCCUUCUACCACCAGCAGCAGGGCUCCCGUCCUGUGGGCAGGUUCAGCGCCCUGAUCUGGGUGGGGGCCCCAGGCCAGCCCCCCCUGAAGCUCAUCCAGGCGGUGGCAGGCUCCCAGCACUGUGCCCAGAUCUUGGUUCUCUGGAGCAGCGAGAGGCCACCCCCACCCAGGGGAAAGUGGCCCGAGACAGCCAUCCCCUUGACAGUCAUUGAGGGGCACAGGAAGGUGAGUGAUCGCUUCUUCCCACACAGCGUUAUCAGCACCGAUGCCAUCCUCAGCCUCGAUGCCCAGAGCAGUCUUUCUACAAAUGAGGUGGACUUUGCCUUUGUGGUGUGGCAGAGCUUCCCUGAGCGGAUGGUGGGCUUUCUGACAUGGAGUCACUUCUGGGAUGAGGCCCAGGGUGGCUGGGGCUUCACUGUUGAAAAGGCCAAUGAAUUCUCCAUGGUUCUCACCACAGCCGCCUUCUACCACAGGUAUUACCACACUCUGUUCACUUACGUCCUGCCCCAAGCCCUAAGGACUCUGGCAGAUGAGGCACCUUCCUGUGUGGACGUACUGAUGAACUUCCUGGUAGCAGUAGUAACCAAGCUGCCCCCUAUCAAGGUGCCCUAUGGGCAGCAGCAUCAGGCCAGACCUCCACUGGUAUCAGGGGGCCCAGGGCAGGAGCAGCCCCCCGACCGGGACUGCAUCAAUUUGAUGGUGGCAGGGUUCGGCCACAUGCCCCUGGUGUCCUCUCGCCUCCGCCUGGACCCGGUGCUCUUCAAGGACCCAGUAUCGGCGCUGCGCAAGAAGUACCGCAGCCUGGAAAAGGCCUAG